AUGAAUAGCUAUAUCUAUACCGAAAAAUUUUCCGAUAAGAAUGAAGUUAGCCUUCUUGACGUUUUUAUUGCAGCUGAUGAAAUGGAAUUAAUGAAAAUUUGUCAACAAGUUAAAAAACGCUUGAUAGGAACUAAAUCAGCUUGGAAAUUUCCAAGAGACUUUAUUACAAUAUGUAAACAUGAUACUUUCGCCGAUUUACAAAGAA